CACUCUGGCUGGGCGGGAAAGCUCGAACAGCGCUGCCGGGCUGGAGACUGCGGGAGCCGCUGCUCUCCGGCUGAGGGAACCAGAGACAGCUCCGUCCCUAACGGAGCACCGGGGAGGCAGGAGUCAUGACGGGCGAGGUGGGUUCUGAGGUUCGCCUGGAAAUCAAUGAUCCAAAAGUCAUUUCACAAGAGGAAGCAGAUAGUCCUUCAGAUAGUGGACAGGGCAGCUGUGAAACAAUUGGACCCUUGAGUGAAGGAGAUUCAGAUGAAGAGAUAUUUGUAAGUAAGAAGUUGAAAAACAGGAAGGUUCUACAAGACAGUGAUUCCGAAACAGAGGACACAAAUGCCUCUCCAGAGAAAACUACCUAUGACAGUGCCGAGGAGGAAAAUAAAGAGAAUUUUUAUGCUGGGAAGAAUACAAAAAUCAAAAGGAUUUACAAAAUUCUGGCAGACAGUGAUGAAAGUUACAUGGAGAAGUCUUUGUAUCAGGAAAAUCUCGAAGUGCAAGUGAAACCUUGCUUAGAGCUGAGUCUUCAGUCUGGAAACUCUACGGACUUUACCAUUGACAUAAAGAGUUCCAAAAAGCACACAAAUGAUAAAGAAGGAACUGCAGGAAAAGCAAAAGUAAAAUCGAAAAGAAGACUUGAGAAAGAGGAGAGAAAAAUGGAAAAAAUUAGACAGCUGAAAAAGAAGGAAACAAAAAACCAGGAAGAUGAUGUAGAACAGCCAUUUAAUGACAGUGGCUGUCUUAUUAUGGAUAAAGACCUUUUUGAAACUGGGUUGGAGGAUGAAAAUAACUCUCCAUUGGAAGAUGAAGAGUCAAUAGAAUCAAUAAGAGCAGCUGUAAAAAACAAAGUAAAAAAGCACAAGAAAACAGAACUAUCUUUGGAGAGUGGGGUCUAUUCAUUUGAGGAAGAAAGUGAGUUACCAAAAGGAACCACGAGGAAGGAAAGAAAGGCAGCCAAAUUAAGUAAAGAAGCAUUAAAACAACUGCAUAGUGAGACUCAGCGCCUUAUUCGAGAGUCUGCACUUAACCUUCCGUAUCAUAUGCCUGAGAAUAAAACCAUUCACGAUUUCUUCAAACGUAAACCCCGGCCCACUUGCCAGGGAAAUGCCAUGGCACUACUGAAGUCAUCUAAAUAUCAGUCAAGCCAUCACAAAGAAAUCACAGACACUGCAAAUACCACUGAAAUGAACAGUUAUCACCACAGUAAAGGUUCUGAGCAGACAACGGGUGCAAAAAAUGAAGUGGAAAUUAAUGCACUCCCUGUGGUUUCAAAGGAAACCCAGAUCAUUACUGGAUCAGAUGAGUCUUCUGGGAAGGAUUUGGUAAAAAAUGAAGAGCUAGAAAUUCAGGAGAAACAGAAGCAGAGUGACAUUAGACCUUCACCUGGGGACAGCUCGGUGGUGCAACAGGAAUCCAACUUCCUUGGGAACAAUCACAGUGAGGAAUGUCAGGUUGGAGGGCUUGUAGCAUUUGAACCUCAUGCCCUGGAGGGUGAAGACCCCCAAAAUCCAGAAGAAACAGAUGAGAAAGUGGAAGAGCCUGGGCAGCAAAAUAAAUCAUCAGCAGUUGUGCCACCUGAAAAAGUGAGAAGAUUUACUCUGGAUAGACUUAAGCAACUGGGAGUAGAUGUUUCCAUUAAACCACGGCUAGGUGCUGAUGAAGAUUCCUUUGUGAUACUUGAUGAACCUGAAACCAACAGAGGUAAUCCUUUAAAUUGUGGGGAGUCUCCCUGGUGUGAUUAUCCUGGUAGCUUUUGAUUAUUGACCACUGUCGAGGAGAGAGAACAUAGAAGAAAUCAAUAACCACAUGUGAUCUUAUCCUGCAGUUGUUCCAGAUAUGGGCAGAAUCCCUUUUAGAGAAAUUUGGCAGGGUAUCAGAAUGAUCUAAGCCAUGUUUAAAAUGGAAGUCUGUUGGCCAGGUGUAGUGGCUAACGCCUGUAAUCCCAGCACUUUGGGAUGCUAAGGCGGGCAGAUCACGAGGUCAGGAGUUUGAGACCAGCCUGGCCAAUAUAGUGAAACCUGUCUGUACUAAAAAUACAAAAAUUAGCCCGGCAUGGUGGCAUGCAUCUGUAGUCCUAGCUACUUGGGAGGCUGGGACAGGAGAAUUACUUGAACCCAGGAGGCAGAGGUUGCAGUGAGCUGAGACUGCACCAUUGCACUCCAGCCUGGGUGACGGAGUGAGACUCUCUCAAAAAA